UGCCACGCCCUUGUUUGGAAGAAGUCGGCAUCUUGCUUGCAGGUACGGUUGUUAAGCUGUUCUACCGGGGACUUCAGAAGAAGAAAAAACACAAUUUCAAAGAACCCUGUUAACUCACGGUGUCUGUCUUUAAGGGAUGCCUCCCAAGCUGAAGGGAAAGACUCAGAAGAAGAAAAUAAAAAAGUCAAAGGAUGAAUCAGGGUCGGUUGAAGAACAGUAUCGGAGGGCAGUGCUGGAGGUGGAUGUUUUGCAGGACCAUUUGGCUCUUCGCAGACAGAUAGCCCGUCAGGCACAGGAGCUUAAAAAAGAACUUAGAGAGAAACUACAAGAACUCGAAGGAGAUCUGCAAGGCGAGAGAGAUGAUAAACAAGCUAUAUACAGCGAAAUGACACGUCAGCAUAGGAGCCUGGAACAGGAAAGCUCAGCUCAUAUUAGAUCCCUUGAGGAAGAGGUGACAGAACUGAAAAUAAAACUUGCAUACUCCCAGAAUGCACUGCAAAAGCUUCAAGAGGAAUCCGAGCGCAAGGCAGCAGAGAAAGAGGCAGAGAUUAUGGAUCUCCGGGCUCAGAUGGAGAAUAUGGAGAAAGAAUAUGAGACUUUAUUGCAUGCCUGUCUAGAUAAGCUGAUUGAUAAACUCAAUAUGGCUGAAUUCGGCUGGAAGAAGCAGGCCCUCUCCAUCCAUCAACAGUACAAAGGGAUGCUUCAGAACUGUGGCCUCAACCCCCUGGAUAUUUAAGC